AUUUUCAUAAUUUGAAGUAAUAUAAGUUAUUGAAUGAUUUGAAGUGCAAUAUAGGAUAUAUUGUGCUAAAGAAAUUCUGUAUUGGCACGAGAUGAAAUCAUUUGGAAAUACAGCAUAUCGAGAGCACAAUAUAUCCUAUGUUGCGCUUCAAAUCGUUGUAUAACGUUUUUUUAUCGUGUGAUCUUACUACAUAGUCCAUAGGAAAUAUUCUGUAUUCUCUGUAUUACAACUGUCCCCUCUGUUCCAUCUUUGAGUACAAGUCAAUAUUCAGUAAGAUACACGAAUAAGCGUGCGUUUAGGUCAACAUAAAAUGAUUUAGUCAGAAUAAUGUUUAUGAAUAUUAUUCCUAUAUCAAUCUCCUGUUGCUUACUUGCUUGCUCACUUCCUGCCUUCCUUGCUUCUUCGCUUCCUUCCUUCCUUGCUUCCUGGCUUCCUUCCUCGCUUCCUCACAUCAUUCCUUCCUCGCUUCCUUCCAUCCUUGCUUCCUUCCUUCCUCGCUUCCUUCCUUCUUUGCUUCCUUGCUUCAUUCCUUCCUUGCUUCCUCACUUCAUUCCUUCGCUUCCUCCCUUCCUAGCUUCCUUCCUUCCUCACUUCCCUCCUUUCUUUCUUGCUUCCUUCCUUGCUUCCCUUCUCGCUUCCUUCCUCGCUUCCUUCCUUGCUUCCUCCCCUCCUUGCUUCCUCGCUUUCUUGCAUCCUUCCUUCCUCGCUUCCUUCUUUCCAUCCUUGCUUGCUUCCUUCCUUCCUUGCUUCCUCACUUCCUUCCUUCUUCGCUUCCUUGCAUCCUUCCUUCCUCGCUUCGUUCCUUCCUUGCUUCCUUCCUUCCUUGCUUCCUCGCUUACUUCCUUCCUCGCAUCCUUCCUUCCUUGCUUUCUCCUUUCCUUGCUUCCUCCCUUCCUUGCUUCUUUCCCUCCUUGCUUCAUCGCUUCCUUCCUUCCCGGCUUCCUUCCUUGCUUCUUUCCUUCCUCGCUUCCUACCUUCCUCGCCUCUUCUUUUCUUGCUUCCUUCCUUCUUUGCUUCCUUCCUCGCAUUUUUCCUUUCUCGCUUGAUUCCCACCUUGCUUUCUCGCUUCCUUCCUUCCUCGCUUCAUUCCUUCCUUGCUUCCUUGCCUCUCUCUUUCAUUGCUUCCUUCCCUCCUUGCUUCCUCGCUUCCUUCCUUCCUUGUUUCCUUCCUUCCUCACUUCCUCCUUUCCUCCUUCCUUGUUUCCUCGUUUCCUUCAUUCUUUCCUCGUGUCCUUCAUUUCUCGCUUCAUUUCUUCCUUGCUUUCUUCCCUCCUUGCUUCCUUGCAUUCUCGCCGUCUUCCUUCCUUCCUUCCUUACUUACUUCCUUGCUUUUUCCUUCCUUUCCUUGCGUCUUUGCUUGCUUCCUUCCUUCCUUUGCUUCCUUGUUUCCUUCCUUCUUUGCUUCCUGGCUUCCUUUCUUCCUCGCUUCCUUACUUCUUAGCUUCCCUGCUUAAUUCUUUACUCGCAUCGUUCCUUCCUUGCUCCCUCGGUUCCUUCCUUCCUUUCUUCCUCAGUUGCUUCCUUCCUCGCUUUCUUCCCUCCUCGCUUUCUCGUUUCCUUGCUUCCUUCCUUCCUUCCUUCCUUCAUUGCUUCAUUGCUUCUUUCCUUCCCUCCUUCCUUCCUUGCUUACUUAUAUUACUCCCUUCACUUCUUCGAUUUACUUCCUCCAUUCCUUCUUUACUUGCUUGCUAACUCAAUUACUUACUUCGUUGCUUGUUUACUUCCUCACUUCCUUGCUUGCUUUCUUGAUUAUUUACAUUCUUUCAUAUCGCAGUGGAAGGACAAAUUUUGAUGAAAACCAGCAAACAAACAAACGGACGAGGAAAGAACGCACGGAUGGACAGAAGAACAGCCGAAAAAACAAUGAAUGAACA